AUUGUUACAUGAUUUAAAUAAUUAAGAUGAUAAUUAUUCAAAUGCAGUUUCUAUGGAAACGAACAAACAAUCUUCUUUCAACCAUGGACAAGUUGCAAAAACCUCAGAUAAUAUGCCACGUAGAAAAAGUGGCAAACUAUUCAAUAAACGAUGUGAAGUGGAUUCCGUCCUCAGCAAAAUUCGUAUCCAUCGGCGGUAAUCCAAACGGAACAGGGAUAAUUGAAGUGUAUUGUCUUGGCGGUGAUGGUGUUGAAAGAAUCAGCGAAUUCUGCAAAAAAGAACACUUCAAAUGCGGAACAUUUGAUGCUUCCAGCUUAAACAGUAGACAUUUAGCCACCGGGGAUUAUACCGGUCGUUUACAAGUUUGGGAUUUAGAAGAUACUUUACUUCCAAUUUAUAAAACCACUAAACAUACCAGUGUUAUUAAUUGUAUUGAUGGUGUAGGAGGAACUAGCACGGGUUGUGGAGCUCCUGAAAUUGUUACAGGAUCGAAAGAUGGGAAUGUCAUGGUUUGGGAUGUACGUCAAAAAGAUAUUCCCGUAGCUAAAUUUGGCCCUGCCGAUGGUGUAACAGGAAGAGAUUGUUGGUCAGUAGGUUUUGGAAAUUCCUACAACUCGGAAGAACGUGUAGUAGCCGCGGGUUAUGAUAACGGAGAUAUUAAAAUAUACGAUUUAAAAAUGAUGAACGUGAGGUGGUCCAAAUGUGUUAAAAAUGGAGUUGUUGGUUUACAAUUUGACCGAAAAGAUAUUCCAAUGAAUAAGUUGGUUGCCGCUACAUUAGAAUCGAAAAUUUAUCUGUUUGAUACGAGAACUCAACACCCAAAGAAAGGAUUUGCUCAACUUUCUGAAAAAGCACACAAUUCAACAGUUUGGUUAGUUAAACAUUUACCACAAAAUCGAGAGAUUUUUGUUACAACUGGGGGAGCAGGAACAUUAUGUUUGUGGAAAUACAAUUACCCUGAUAAAAGAGUUGAUAAAGAUGGUGAUGGAAUCCCUGUUGGAAUAAUCGGCGAAUUAUCACCAUUACAAAAUAGCACGUUAUCAUCCCAACCAAUUAGUGGUUUUGACUGGUGUAAAGAUAAAAUUGGUUUAUCCGUUUGUUCAUCUUUUGAUCAAACACUACGGGUGUUAAUAACAACCAAACUUCAUCUUUAUUAAAUUUUAAAACUAAAAUCUUAUUUUUUAUUCAAUAAAUAAGUUAUUUACAUAAUA